AUUCAUUCAGUCCAAAAAUUGCAAUUCUUUUAUUCUUUCAAUUGUUUCCUUUUCUCUCUCCCCUUCUCUUUCGUGUAGAAAAUCACCAAUUCGCAAGUACGACAAAUUGGGUCCGAUGGUAGACACGGGCUCCAACGGCAGCGGCGGCCGUGUCAAACCCGAAGAUGUCAUUUCGACCCUCAAAGACGACGGUGAUUUUGAUCGCCUUCGUCGAAAAAUCAUCCGUAAACUCAAGGACGAUGAAGAAUUGCGAAGCAAUAUUAUAUCAAUGGUUAAACAAUCAGCAUCACUAAGUUGUCCAGGCGUGGAGUCUAUGAAACCACGUCAGCUUUCUGAUGCAAUACACCAGGAAAUUGGGGACAAGCUGAUGAACCAAGUAUCUGAUUGUUUGUGGAAUAUAAUUAAAUCUGCUGAUGGCGUGCAGUCUGAAAUAAAAGAAACUGUGCAGUCGGUAUAUGAUAAAUUAUCAAAUCCUGGAGGCAAGGACAAUGGCGAGUCCUCUUCUCGAAAGGAUUCAUCACCAGUCAAUAAGCUAGAAUCUCGUGAUGCUACAGGCGCUUUUGCGGCUAGUGCUACACUUUCAGAUGAAGACUUAAAUGAACCAACAGGAUUUGCUCUGAGGCGGAAGAAGAAGAAUAAGAAGAACCAAAUGAACAAUGUUGAUAGGCCAAAUCGUCGUAAACGAAAAGCAAUAAAAGCAAAAGUGGGGGACAGCUGGCAGUUGGAUGAUUUAGAAGAGCCUGACAAUUUGGAUUACGAUGUUCCACCUGGAUUUUCUUCUGUGCUCGAGCAUAAACAUUCAGGAGAUGCUAGCGAUGAAGAUCCUGAUGUGCCUCCUGGAUUUGGAUGAGUAAACAUGCAGCUCUAUAUUUCAGCACUAUUUUAUGACGCUUUUUGACAUGGGGAAUGAUUCAAAUCUGUGAUGCAGCAUCCAGUUAGAGGCUAGGGUAAGUACUAAUUUUGCAUAUAUUUUUACAAUGCCGACGAGGUUAUGAAACUUAGGCUUCACCUAGAAACCAAACCACGGAUUGGCUAAUCUUCCCUCAAUUCUUAGUCAUUUAUCUGCUGGACUAAGAUCUUUCGAGCUGAUCUCAUGGCUUGAGUAAAUCUUGUUUGAGAAAAUUUCUUGAUAGGUGUACUUGGGCACUGUUUAAAAGCAAAUUCCCAUGAUAUUGUGUUAUAUGAUGGAAAGCACACGUGAGUUGCAUGCCGAAAAUGUAAAUUUUGAUCUGUUUUUAUUCAUCUCUAAUUCGUUUGUAGGUAUACCAAAUACCAUCAUUAUUGUCUAGGAUUUCCUGCUUGAAAGCCCUCUUUGUAUGUGUUACUUCCUAAGAUGGAAGAUAUGAUCCAAGGGGAUUGUGCUUGUGUAGAAAAUUUGAAAAUUAUAAAUAUCAUCCUUCAGUUGUCA